CCCCCCCCUCCCCCUUCUAUCCCGGGGAGACAGUAAUAGCAGCUCACAGGCAGCGGCCUCUCCAGCACCCGCACCCAGCUCCCCGCUCCGGCACCAUGGGACCGCCCGAGGGCAUCGAGCGCUUCGUCAGCCUGGGGAAGGGACGAGGCAUGCGGGCUGUGCGCCCCUUUCAGCUGGGGGAGCUGCUCUUCUCCUGCCCGGCCUACACCUGCGUCCUGACGGUCAACGAGCGCGGCAACCACUGCGACCACUGCUUCUCCAGGAAAGAAGGUCUCUCGAAAUGUGGCAAAUGCAAACUGGCCUUCUACUGCAACGUGGACUGUCAGAAAGGAGACUGGCCGAUGCACAAGCUGGAAUGCUCCGCAAUGUGCUCUUCUGGACAGAACUGGAACCCCUCGGAGACUGUAAGACUCACGGCGCGGAUACUGGCCAAACAGAAAACGCAGACGGAAAGAACCCCGUCGGAGAGAAUGCUGACGGUGAAGGAGUUUGAAUCUCACCUUGACAAGCUUGACAAUGAAAAGAAAGAGCUGAUCCAGAACGAUAUCGCUGCCUUGCAUCACUUCUACUCCAAGAGUAUGCACUAUUGUGACAACGCAGCUCUGGAAGUUCUCUUUGCACAGGUGAACUGUAACGGCUUUACCAUUGAAGACGAGGAGCUGUCGCACAUAGGAUCAGCCAUCUUCCCGGACGUUGCACUAAUGAACCACAGCUGCUGUCCUAACGUGAUUGUGACGUACAAGGGCACCGUCGCCGAAGUGCGGGCCGUGCAGGAGAUAAACGCUGGAGACGAGGUAUUUACCAGCUACAUUGACUUACUGUAUCCUGCAGAAGAUCGGAAUGACCGACUCAAAGAUGCGUAUUUUUUCAGCUGUGACUGCAAGGAGUGCGCCACAAAGCAAAAGGACGGAGCCAAAUUGGAGAUCAGGAAAGUCGGGGAUCCGCCCAGUCCGCAGGCCAUACGAGACAUGGUCAGGUACGCCCGGAACGUGGUAGAGGAGUUCCGGAGAGCAAAACACUUCAAAACGCCUAGCGAGCUCCUGGAAAUAUGCGAGCUCAGUAUGGAUAAGAUGGGGACGGUGUUCACCGAGAGCAACGUUUAUAUGUUACACAUGAUGUACCAGGCCAUGGGGGUCUGCCUCUACAUGCAGGACUGGGACGGAGCCUUAAAGUACGGGGAGAAAAUCAUCAAACCAUACAGUAAGCACUACCCGCUGUACUCUCUGAAUGUGGCCUCCAUGUGGCUGAAGCUUGGGCGGCUUUACAUGGGCCUGGAAAAGAAUACGUCUGGGAUAAAGGCCCUGAAAAAGGCCAUCACUAUAAUGGAAAUAGCGCACGGCGCUGAUCACCCGUACAUAGCGGAAAUCAGGAAGGAGGUGGAGCAGUGACGGGCCAGAUCUAUGCAGUGCACCUCUAUUUAUGUCUGUCAGGAAUGCGAAUGUGUACGUCGGUGUGGAACUACUAGACACACAAUGCUGCUUACCCCACGGACGCUGAACGCCUAAUAUCCCUCUCUGUGUCCUGUCUUGGCUUGUAAGACAUUUGCAGUCUCCCAUAGUGCUCAGGGGUUUUCUGUUUUUUGUUUUUUUUUUCCAUUGAUUUAAAGGGGCCAAAACACAUGCUGUACAUGUCUUCAAGUUCCACUAGGGGGCACUCUUUGAAUGACCGUCCUAAUGUGAAUUGGCCUCUGUAGCGGCUGUAGCAUGUUAAAGGGCUAAUUUUACUAAAAGCCCAAUGUGGCAAGAAAACUAAACUAGAACCUGCAGGAAUGAAUUCUCAGCUAAUUUACCAUUACAGUAUCUGGGUUGUGAGCUGGACGGAUUCCCACGUUACCCUCCAGAUGUUCUAGUGUGGUCUUUAAUUUGCAAAGAUUUAACCUGUAAUACAAAAACCGUUCUGCAUUAUUUUUAACUGUAACUUCCCCCCCCCCCUCCCCCCCCUUUUUUCUCCAAAUGCAUCUUUGUUUCACCCCAGAUAACUCUUAGUUUAAGUUUAUUUUCCAGUUUGGAUAAAACCGCAAUUGGAUCAAUUUCUUCUUUAAAAAACAAAAAAUUAAUGAUGCGGUUUUUUUUUUUUUUUUUUUUUUGGAAAGCCGUUGCCUAAAACUCUAAACCAACCAAAGUUUGCCUGCGAGUUUUAUUGCAAAUCGCUUUUUCGCUCUGCAAUGUACAAUGUGUAUUCCUGUUGUUUUUAUUGAGGGAUCGUGAAGCUGAAUGAGGUAUUUGGAAAUGUGACGCAGAGUAAAGAAUAGUACUUGUGUAUUA